UCUCGUGCCCUCUUUCGGUUCCACGACUGUUAUCGUCCGGCAGCAUCCUGCGUCCGUUUUUCGCCUUGCUAGGCGUUCCCCCGUUACACGCUUCCCCACACACACGGCGCCAUCAGACCUUCUCACACCCUUCAAAGUCUGCCUACAACCUGGAAAGCCGGAUCACACUAUGCCCUAAGCGUCCAGUCAGGGAAAACAUCUGAUCGUCCACCACAACCACCAACAAUUCGCCCCUGAAAAAAAGGUACCCGACGCCACAUACUGCAUUGGCACCGAUCCUCACACGUAACAGCAACACGCGCGGCAACUGCACCGAGCCACCACACAAUUCCACCGGACUGGUCAGAUUUCAUAACAUUCUGCGAUAUUGGAACACAGCUCGCAGUUCGAUGUCACUAUGAGGCUCCGGUGUCAUGUUGUUUUCACACCGUCUGCUGCAGCUCCGCGCGCACAUGUGCGACGACCCAUUCACCAUGCGCGAGCGAAUCAGUGCGACACUGAGAAUGAGCGCGGCAACCCGUAGUGUGCUGUCAGUCGUGGGUCAACCACGAAGGCCAUACCGCAUACGUUGUGCUGCUACCGAGCGCCACCUCGAUGCUACAGGUGGUAACACAGUGAGCUCAUGAGGCACCUUCCAAAAGGGGCUUGUGACAGUUGGAAACGAAAGGACAAUCGAUGACUACGUCAGCGCCGGCUGUGCGCAAGACUGGCAUUCGAUGUCGAGUGGUCUGCGACAACCAGUUCUCUCUCUUGGCGGUACGUGUACAGAGGGUCAACACGAUUGACGGCUGCGUUCUCGACGUGGCCGGUCGAUGCGGGAUACCGUGGAUAUUCGCAUUUCCAACGAUUCGCCUGAACACCCUCCCUGAGCUGAGUGGUACAAGUGCCUACAUUCAGCAGCUGAAAGCAUCCGAGGUGCCUUCUGAGACUAUUGCGGAUAAAACAUUGCUGCAGCAAUUCGUUCUCUGUUACGCCUGCCGCCCAUGCGUCGAAUAUCUCGAUAGUCCGACAUCAGUGUUGGGCUACCGCCACACGUGUCUCAGCUGCCUCCGACGACUACGGCUCGUGCUUCGCAACACACUCGCGCGGUUUCUUCCCCCCGGGAUCCAGUCUCAUAAACUUUGCGAACGCUUCCAGGCGAACUGGCCUGAGAUUAUGCCGCCACCAACAAAUUUGUAA